AUACACUUUUGUUUGAAAGCGGCCGAAAAAUUGCCACGGUGCACAACCGCCGAUCACACACACACACACACAUAUAUAUAUAUAUAUAUCACAACCGCCUCUAAUUAUAUCUCCGUCACGCCAACUUCUGAAUCUCUAAAUAUCAAUUUUAUUAUUAACACAUCCUUCAAAAUCAAACUCUACAGUUUAAUACAUUAAUAAUAAUAAUAAUAAUAAUGGCGAAUUUAAGAAAAUCUGUAUUAUUUGGCAUUUCUCGCCUCAUCAAUUCAGCUCCCGCUAGGCUACACGCUGCUGCUUCUGCUACCUCCUCAAACGGCGUCGUUUCGUAUCAAUCUGUUUAUAGGCCUGGCAUUAACUCGUUCUCUCGUUUCUAUUCUUCAAAUAAUGGUGUUGAGUUGAUGGACUUUGAUUUGUCUAAUGAAGAAAGCAAACGACAAUUAGUGAACAGAUUGGUGUAUAGGAGUAAACAAAGGGGGUUUCUUGAGCUUGAUUUAGUAUUGGGCAGUUGGGUGGAGAAUCACAUUAGAUCAUUGGAUGAGAAAGGGAUCAAGUCACUUGUCGAUGUCCUUAACCUGGAAAAUCCAGAUUUGUGGAAAUGGCUUACUGGGCAGGAGCAACCCCCUGAAGCAAUCAACACGAAUCCCGUAUUUAUUGAAGUGCGCAGUAAGGUAAUGAAUAACCUUGACAACUAUGCUUCUCCUCAGACAAGGGCUACACCUGGCCAACCAUGGGUGAGAGGAUGGGAUGAUUUCAAGAAAGGUCGUGAUAGCCCCAUUGUUGGUAAUCAGUAGACCUUCCAAUGGCUCAUUUCCAUAGUUAAGUUCACUUAUGCGAAAAGCAACAAGAAUAAAUCCGUUAUAAGCUAAAUAUGUGUAAUUGCAUAAGACCCUUAAAUCUAUAUAGUGUUAUAUGCAUUGAAGAUGUAUGAAUAUUGUUGUAUACCUUAGUAAUUAGUAUAUAAUGGCAUCGAGGCUUGAAUAAAAUAUUUUUUUUAUCA